GGGUUCUGACCAAUCCCUGUUCGGUAUGGGCGGAGACUCUGCUGCCUUCACAGCAGGCCACGCCCCUAUGUUCAAGGAACAGCGCUUCAUACAUACACUGUUGUUAGCGACGUAGCCACUACAGUCAGUUAUAUUUCUCACAUUUACAUUUGCCGACGCUUCUCAAAACUUUGCUUUUUUUAUCACCACCUGAUAAAUGCUGGAGUAACAGGUUGCCGGUCGCGAUCCUUUACAGCGGAGUGCAAGUUGUAGUUGGUGGCAGCCGAUUUAGCUCUGUUGAGUAUGUGUAUACCAUGAAGAGACGCGCAGAAGACCCGGAACCGAUUUUCGUACAACAGCAACCACGCCAUCCCACAGUUCAGGGCGUUGGUGAAGGCUUUCAGCAACGGGCCCUUGUCCCAGCAGCGCCUGUUGUUGAGGCCGCUGCAGAUAACAUGCAGCCCUCAACUGGUAUCCAGUACUCUCUUCCUCAGGCCUACCAGGUGCCUACUAUGCCUCAAAGCACAAGUGGACAUGGACACAACAGUACUACGCCUCAUAUUGGCCCUCAUACACACAGCUUGGCUGUCCAGUCACAGGUACCUGCAGUGGUCCCAGGUCACGUUCAUCCACCUACACCCAUAGCUUCAGUGCAAGGACAGCAGCAGCAGUUUCAGCGAUUAAAGGUUGAAGAUGCCUUGUCCUAUCUGGAUCAAGUGAAGUUGCAGUUUGGUAAUCAGCCUCAAGUUUAUAAUGAUUUCCUUGAUAUUAUGAAAGAGUUCAAAUCUCAGAGCAUUGACACUCCUGGAGUCAUCAACCGCGUGUCGCAGCUCUUUAAGGGCCACCCAGACCUUAUUAUGGGUUUUAACACGUUCUUGCCACCUGGUUAUAAGAUCGAAGUUCAAACCAACGAUUUGGUCAACGUGACCACACCUGGUCAGAUACACUACAUAACCCCUCAAGGUAUAUCUGUACAAAACAUCCCAGCUACUGUAGCAUCCAGCCAACCCUCUAGCCACCACCAGCAUCAGAGUCUCCCACAGACCAGCCUGCACACCACCACCACCCCAACAAUCGCCACUCAGCCUGCUUUAAACAAAGCCAGCAAGCUUAUUCAGUCUCCGGCCCACACACCCAGCAGCCAGCCAAAUCCGUCCAUCCCAUCAUACGCCUCGCCGCGUUCUCCUUCAGGUCAGCCACACACUCCAGUCAGCAGCACACCAUCCAGUGGACCACCUCUCCAGAACAACCAACCUGUGGAGUUUAACCACGCCAUAAAUUACGUCAACAAGAUCAAGAACCGCUUUCAGGGCCAGCCAGAUAUCUACAAAGCUUUCCUGGAAAUCCUGCACACAUACCAGAAAGAACAGCGAAAUGCUAAAGAGGCCGGUGGUAAUUACACGCCAGCUCUGACUGAACAGGAGGUGUACACUCAAGUGGCCAGACUUUUUAAGAACCAGGAGGACCUGCUGUCAGAAUUUGGACAGUUCCUGCCAGAUGCAAACAGCUCAGUGCUGCUGGGGAAGAGUCCACCAGACAGAGCUGAGUCGGUCCGUAAUGACCACGGUCCCACAGUAAAGAGACCCUCACUGAACAACAAACAGAGGCUGAGUCAAAAUGGUCUGCCAAUCAGGAGACCUGCUGCAGUGGGAUCCACGCUGCCUUUCAAGAAAAAGGCACUUGUCAUCGGAAAGGGCCACGGCAUGGCCGAAGUCGGUAAAGUCAGCACCAGCACUGAAACCAUGUUCUUUGAGAAGGUGAAGAAGGCACUACGGAGCUCAGAGGCAUAUGACAACUUCCUCCGAUGUCUGCAGAUCUUCAACCAGGAAGUGAUUUCUCGCACUGAGCUGGUCCAGUUAGUUAUCCCGUUUCUUGGAAAAUUUCCAGAGCUAUUUACUUGGUUUAAAAACUUCUUGGGCUAUCGCGAGUCUAGUCAUGGAGAGGUGAGUCAUGCAGAAAGUUUACCCAAGGAGCGUUCUACAGAGGGUAUAGCCAUGGAGAUCGACUACGCUUCCUGCAAGAAGCUGGGGUCCAGCUACAGAGCACUGCCGAAGAGCUAUCAGCAGCCGAAGUGCACGGGAAGAACACCGUUGUGCAGAGAGGUUUUGAACGAUACAUGGGUAUCUUUUCCAUCGUGGUCCGAGGAUUCCACAUUCGUGAGCUCCAAGAAGACUCAGUAUGAGGAGCACAUUUACAGAUGUGAAGAUGAACGCUUUGAGCUGGACAUCGUGUUGGAAAAUAACCUCGCCACGAUACGAGCUCUGGAGACGGUGCAACGGAGGCUUUCUCGCAUGUCAGCUGAGGAGCAGCUGCGAUUCAGGCUGGACAACACAAUGGGUGGCUCCUCCGAGGUUAUUCAUCGUAAAGCCAUUCAGAGGAUAUACGGAGACAAAGCACCUGACAUCAUCGACGGCCUGAAGAGAAACCCCGCUGUGUCUGUACCCAUCGUCCUGAAAAGGUUAAAAAUGAAGGAGGAGGAGUGGAAAGAAGCACAGAGAGGGUUCAACAAAAUCUGGCGGGAACAGAAUGAGAAGUAUUACCUGAAGUCGCUUGACCAUCAAGGCAUAAACUUCAAGCAAAAUGACACCAAAGUGCUGCGAUCGAAGUCUUUACUUAAUGAAAUCGAGAUGUUAUAUGAAGAUCGCCACGAGAGAGCCUCAGAGGAGACUGCCACCCCACCACCGAGCGGUCCUCACGUAACUCUGACCUACGAUGAUUGCCAGAUCCUGGAGGACGCUGCUGCUCUUAUCAUCCAUCAUGUCAAACGACAAGUGGGCAUUCAGAAAGAAGACAAGUUCAAGAUCAAACAAAUAAUCAACCACUUUAUCCCCGACCUUCUGUUUGCACGCCGUGGCGAGCUAUCUGACCUGGAGGAAGAGGAGGAAGAAGAAAUGGAGACGAACCAAGACGGCCCGAAGAAGCACAACGGUCUGCCAGGCCGCAGUCCAUCAAAGUCCAAGCUCUUGUUUGGCAACACGGCAGCUCAAAAACCUUGGGGCACAGAUGAUGCUUAUAACCUGUUCUUCGUAAACAACUAUUGGUAUGUCUUUUUCCGCCUCCAUCACAUCCUCUGCUCUCGUUUGCUGCGGAUCUAUGGGCAGGCUGAGAAGCAGAUUGAGGAGGACACCAACGAACGAGAGUGGGAAAGGGAAGCGCUAGGCCUGAAAAGAGACAAGAAUGAAAAUCCAGCCAUCCAGCUGAAGAUGAAGGAGCCAAUGGACGUUGACGUUGAAGACUACUAUUCUGUGUUUCUGGAGAUGGUGCGAAAUCUUUUGGACGGUAACAUGGAGCCGGCACAGUACGAGGACUCCCUGAGGGAAAUGUUUACGAUCCACGCCUACAUUGCCUUCACCAUGGACAAACUAAUCCAGAGCAUUGUCCGGCAGCUCCAACACCUCGUAACCGAUGAAUUAUGUGUGCGUGUAACGGACAUGUACCUGAGUGAAAGUGCCAAGAAAGCCACAGGGGGCACUAUUUCCACACAGGCAUCCAGAGCUACUGCAGAGGGGACCUACCAGCGCAAGUCAGAGCAGCUUAUGUCAGAUGAAAACUGCUUCAAGUUGAUGUUCAUGAACAACCUUGGAUCAGUGAGUUUGGCAAUGGAGCUGCUGGAUACAGAAGAGGAGAACUCUGAUGAGCCAGCAGAUGCAGAAAAAUGGUCGGACUACGUGAGCAGGUACUUGAACUCAGAUUCUGCAUCCCCGGAGCUGCGUGAGCAUUUGGCCCAGAAACCAGUUUUCCUCCCCAGGAAUUUGAGACGGAUACGAAAAUGCCAGAGAGGAUGGGAGCAGCUGCAGCAGGAACGGAUCACAAAAGGCUCCUCAGACAAGCUGCAGGAUGGCAGCAGUGAGCUGAAGAUGGAGUGCAUGUUCAAACUCAACUCCUACAAGAUGGUUUAUGUCUGCAAGUCAGAGGACUACAUGUACAGGCACACUGCACUCUCAAGAGCUCAUCAGUCCCACCAGCGAGUGAACACACGUCUGCACAAAUGCUUUCACACCUGGCUGGACACCUGGGCCCAGAAGCACGUGACGAGUGAAAUGGCCGCCAACACUAACAAGUGGCUGAUGGGCGAUGCAAAAGAGGGACUGUUGUCUUGUACCACCACCUGCUGCCCCGAAGUCCUCCACUAUCUCAACAUUAACAAGUACCGGGUGCAGUACAGAACACUGUAGCUCAAAGUGUUUGGGUUAAACAUCUUCACACAACAAACUGCCAGAGAUGAACUUUCCAACCUUCCAAAACUAGACUCUGCUGCCAAUCAGGGUAAUAAAAUGUUAUAAAAAAUACAGGAAACGGCUCUCAGACACUCAUCCAGUAAGAUUUUCACCACCAAAACUGAACAGCUGACGGAUAAAAACAUUCAUUCUCUGUUUUCUCUUUAUUCAAAUGUUUGUGCUUGGACCUCCAGCUGUAAACCUCUUUAGGCUGUGAAUGUUUUCAGUCGCAGGUGAAGGUAAAAUAAUGCACUAUACAUACAGUAUAAAAAUAUGUAUCCAACAUUUCUGGCGUCUGCUUGACAGAUGCGUCAGCUCUGUGUGUCAAGAACAGUAAUUUAUAAUUGCCCAAAAUGUUUUUGUAAAUAUAUUGUUUAUAAUUAGAUUUUUUUAUCAGGUGUCAUUGGUGUGUAGCAUACUAUAUAUAUAUAUAUAUAUAUAUAUAUAUAUAUAUAUAUAUAUAUAUAUAUAUAUAUAGUGAUAUAGUGCAUUUAGCCAGACUUUCAUCAAGAGAAGGCAACGUUUUACCAGUUUUGUACCAAAGGAAGUUAUCUACAGACCUUUUUUUAUUUUAGUCUGCUGAACAUCUUCCCAAAGUGUUUAGUAAAAGUUGCUCAUUUUUAAGAAAAUUGGAUCCCUUUAAUGUGCAUUUCUAUCGUCAGUUUUUAGGCCAGCACACGGUUUUAAGACGAUUGAAUGUAGCCGAGCAGCGAUUCCUCCUCCUCUAUAUUGUUGUGACUGAAACCGGAGGCUCAGUGAUAUCUCAGCAUGUCACUAAUAAACCGGACACCAGUUUAUUCUUUGGGUAAAUGUCAACAUUGUGAAUUGUGUAAAGCUUAAGGAUAAAAACACAAGCAAUAAUUUCUUGAGUCAUAGUUUAUUAAAGCGAAUUUGUAUUUCUUCCUGGAAUACAGAUGUGAAUAUUGAAUGCCCAUAAAAAGGGCAUGCUAGCUAAGGCUUUUAUUGCCCUUAUUUGUUUUUGCCUUUUAAUAAAACUGGAAAUGUCCCCUUUUUGAUGUUUUAGAUAAGAUUAGAUGGAAGAGAGAAAUGCUUCACGUUUAACGCUGGAAUGUGAGUCUCCCACAUUAGAUCUACACAUAAGCAACAGAAUAUCAAUAAAUUUCAAACAUGAAACGUGACGUAGGCAGACACAGAGGUGUUAGGAUGACAACAAGCAUCACGUCUGAGACGAAAAGGAGUGCUUCCUGAUAAAAACGACGUCUGUUUUUCCAGAGAUCCACUAAAGGCAGCGAUCAGUAAAAUAACAAGCUGCAGACAAUCUCGAAACAGUUUAAUACCUGGGUCUUUAUUUUUGUAUUUGCCGUGUUUGUUACAGAAAAACACAAGAAGUCCCGGGGGAGCCGAUUGUACAUACGAGAUUGUUUGUACCACGUUUAAUGUGUCACCUCUCUUGACUUUUAUGAUGUUGUAUAUGAGUGUUAGUAUGGUGUUUGGCAUUAAAAUAUCCUUUUGAGUAGACAGAAA